AUGGAUAGCAACAGUAGUUACAGUCACAGCAAGGUACCACAGUUUGAUGGAACAGGUUAUGAUUUUUGGCGCAUCAGGAUGGAGACAUAUCUGAAAUCAUUGGGCUAUGGUGUUUGGAUGUCUGUGAAGAAUGAAUACAAAAUUCCCACAUGUGAUAUAACUGAUACAGUUGAACUCAAGAAGUAUGAAAACGACUCUAAGGCUAAGAAUGCACUUCUGAGUGCAUUGGUCAACACUAAGUUUGCCAGAGUUGUUGGAUGUGAAACUGCUAAAGAAGUGUGGGACAAGUUACAGAAUGUCCAUGAAGGCGAUGAGAAGAUCAAAGAGGCAAAACUACAACACUAUAGGUCACUGUUUGAUAAUUUGAAGAUGUCUGAUGAAGAUACAGUGGAGAGCUUCAUAAGUAAAGUGCCUGCUAUAGAAGAGUCAAAGAACUUGAAUGAGUUGAGUUUAGAUGAAUUGCAUGGUAUAUUGACUGCAUAUGAAAUGAGUAUGGUGAAUCCUAAAUCCACAGAGAAGGAGGUUGCAUUUAAAGCCAUGAAGAAGUUAAAAAUUAAGCAAGAAAAUGAUAAUGAAGAUUCCAAUGAUGAGCUUAUUGCCUACCUUGCCACGAAGUUCAAGAAUGGUAAAGGUAAAUACAAGGAAAAACUUUCCUUGAAGUGCUUUAAUUGUGGAGGUAUAAGACAUUUUGCCUCUAAAUGUCCAAAGAAGGGUAAAACAGUUGAGUCAGAUGAUGAAGACAGUCAAGCCUCCAAGAACAGCUUUAAAAAGAAAAAGUUCAUUUUAAAGAAGAAUGACACCUUGAAGAAAAAGAGUUUGAUGACAAAAAAAGAUGACACCUCUUCAGAAGAAUUAACAGAAGUUGAAGACUCUGAUGAUGAACUAAUGUUCAUGGUCUUAGCAAGCAAUGACCAUCAAGAAGAGGAAGAAAAACCUGAUAAGGAUGAAGAAUUAGAAGCUGAAGAUCUGGAAACUAUUUUUUAUACUACCUUAAAUGAGCUCAAGAUAGAAAGAAAAAGAAGCAAGAUGUUGGAGCUUGUAGAAGAAGGAGAAAAAAUCAGUUACCUAAAGCUCACCAUUGAAGAAACACAAAAGAUGACUGAAGAUAUUAGCAUCAACUUAUCUUUGAAAGUUGAUGAAUUUACAACUGUGAAUGACAAGGGCAAUGAGGUUUCUGUUCAAGAAACUGAAGAAGAACAUGAUCAAGCAUCAAAUGGAGCUAGCAUGUUAGAUGAUCUUCUUAGUAGACAAAGACCUAUCAAUGAUAAAUCUGGUCUUGGUUAUGAGAAUGAGAGUUCUUCAAAGGGAGUAAAGAUAAAAGGGAAUGGCACUGCACAUAAUCCGAUCAGAUUUGUUAGUGAGAAGAGAAGAGGUUCAAGACCUAUGAAUUUUGCUAACAAGAAGAUUGAUGAGGAUGGGUUUACUACAAUAUACUAUCAGAGAUCCAAAGACUACAUGAAGAAUAUUUGGCAGACUCAAAGGUUCAAUGGGGAUUGUUAUGGCUGCAACAUGUAUGGACACAGAGUAACAGAAUGUAGAAGGAAUGCCAAGCCUGCAAUUGUCAAAAUAAAAAACAAGUUUGCACCACUGGUUGAUCAGAAUGUAGAAUGUGAAAGAGAUAGAUUUUUAAAUCUUGAUAAAGUUGAAAGUGGCUCAGUUAGAUUUGAGAACAAUGAUGGGGCCAAGAUUGAAGGCAAGGGAACAGUCAACUUAGAUCAAGGAAGAAUAAAAUCUGGCAGGGUGUUGUAUGUGAGCUGGUUGAAACAUAACUUUCUGAGUGUGAGUCAGAUAUGUGACCAAGGAAAUGAGAUCUUAUUUAUGAAGGAAGGUUUUGAGAUAAGGAAGACGAAAAAUGGAAAGAAAGUGGCUCAUGGUUCCAGGACAGAUGAGAAUUUGUAUGUUCUUACAGAGAACAAUGAUGACAAUUGCAUGAUUAGUCAGGAGAAUGAAAUCACACUUUGGCACAAAAGACUUGGGCAUAUAAAUUUCAAGAACUUAGCCAAGUUGAGCAAGAACAAUGGUGUUAAGGAUCUUCCAAAAAUCAAGAACCUCACGAAUCAUGUUUGUGGACCAUGCCAGAAGGGUAAGCAAACAAGGGCUAUAUACAAGUUAAAGGAACAUAAUGCUAGUAAGCCUUUAGACUUAAUUCAUACAGAUUUGCGUGGACCAAUGAGGACUCAAGCAAUUAGAGGAGAGAGAUAUUUUAUGUUACUUAUUGAUGAGUACUCAAGGAUGACAUGGGUCUUUUUUCUCAAGGACAAAACUGAAGCCUUACACUCCCUCAAGGUGUUCAAGAAAAGGGUUGAGAAUGAGACUGGCAAAACAAUCAAGUGCAUCAAAUCUGACCAAGGAAAGGAGUUCACAUGGAGUGCUUUCACAGAAUUUUGUAAUGAACAUGGCAUAUGA